ACCUGUAAAAAUGGACCCCAUUAGCACGUCACCAAUAAAGGCAGUCCUAAAACGUAUGUCUGAAUCAGUGUUCAUGGGACUGUGUGAUAAACUUGGGACUUCACAGCUGGUGGCCAUGAGGAGAGAUGUGAUGGACAUCAGGGAUGCAGUGCUAGAUCAUGUGACAACAAGCGAUGAUGACAGUCUGAUGGUCAGCGGAAGUUACAGAGAAGGAUUCAGACUGAAAGGAUCAGAUAGGGACUUUAUGAUGUGGUCACAAAAACACCGUGUGAUCUGGGACUUAUCUCAAUCUCAGUAUUACAACACACACAGGCAUACACUGAUCCUCUGUGACUGUUCUGAUAGUCCACAAGGAUACACAUUGUUAUAUUUACUGUCACCAAGCAGGAAUCAAAACAUCCAAAGAACUUGUUUUAGAGAAAAUAACAGGCUUUACAUAUCUAGUUCAAAAUACGGAAAGACUUGGAGUUCUGCAGUUUUUCCUGACCCCACUCCACAUGGACCCUGUGUCAGUGUAGUUUUGUCAGAGGACACGCUAGAACUUGAUUGUGCCCUCUGUUUUGUUAGUGACUUUUGGCCUUGUCCCUCCUCAUGGGUAGACAGGUGCCAGUCAUGGCCCCAGCCUCAUGUUGUUGAUGAUCUAGUCACAAAUGGGUGUCACUUUGUAGCAAUAGGACAUACACUAGGACACUAUGUGCACAAUGAAUGGAGAAUUUCUUUCUCUCUUGCAGAACACAAACUUGUGUGUGCUAUGAAUCACUGUCAAUUCUUAACUUACGGCUUGCUUAAAUUAUUCUUAAGAGAAAUAAUUAACAAUGGACUAGGUGAUGAUGAUGAUAAAUUACUGUGUUCCUAUCACAUGAAGACAGCAGUUUUCUGGGUAAUUCAACAGAAUACAUUACAACACUGGUGUCCACAAACUCUCCUGGAGUGUUUCUGGGUCUGCUUUAAGCUCAUCCUUAAGUGGGUGUACGAGGGGGUCUGUCCAAACUUUUUCAUUCCCCAAAAUAACAUGUUUCUGAGUAAAGUCCAUGGUGAAGCGCAACAUCAGCUAUUUAUAAGACUGUAUGGGUUGUCUGAGAAAGGUUUAGCAUUCCUGCUACAUAGUCCCUCCAUUAGGUCUUGCAUUAUAAAUGUCCUCCAUAACCCCCACCUGUCCAUCUGUACAGACGAACAUACUCUGAUUUCUGAGGCAAAGUUUGAUAGAGAGCUCUUUCAACAUGUUCAAGAGAUUUACGCAUAUGACUCACUUUACAUACCAAACCUAGAAAUCUGUAUGAGGUCUCUACAUACAAUAGAACAGAUGAAAGGCUUACCCCUCCUUACACAGUAUCAAGCUGUGAUGCUACAGAAACUUACAGCGGCAGUCCUUCAGAAAGCAGCUCUUUUGUUACACAUGGAAACUUACACACAUAAAAACAAACUGAGGUAUAGAGCUGACAAAAUCUCCUGCCACAUGCUGAAAUUAGCGGCUAAGUUUGGUUGUAUUUCUGAUAUGCUAUACAUAGCCAUGUAUUUUUAUAAGACACUUAGAUACAUGGAAGCUUUAACAAUUAUAGAGAUGAGCAAGGUCAAGUUAGCAAAGCCAUAUGUGAUAUAUAUUGGUAAUGUAGAUUCAGAGAUGUAUACUAAGGCUGUAGGGGGACAUUCCUGGUCUACAAAGAUGAGACAGGCUGUAGCUUGCAAUAUCCUGCUUGAAAAUAAAAUUCAUUACAUCAAUGAGUUAUUACCAGAACAAAUGUCUAGUUUACAGGACAAUUUGUCAGUAUUAUGUAUCCCACAAUUUAUUCUGUUAUACAUGCUAGAGAUCUUUUGCUACAGACAUGUAGACACAAGGAGAGUACAAACAGCUCUAGAUGAUCUACACACCCUAGUUUACUAUGAUCAGGGACAGAUUAUACCUUUACUAUCCAGAGACAUAUCGUGGCAGAUUCUGGGGAUCUGUCAACAGGUGACAGGGAACCUCCAGGCUGCACUAUACUCAUUCCAACAAUCUCUUAGGCAAAAACCACACCACAAAAUACACACAGCUACAGAAAUGAGAAUACAGGGAACUUGUCACUAAGAUGUCUAGAUUAGUGAAAGAAAUGAAAUAUUUGUAGAAUCCUAUCUGGUAGUACUUAUAAUGUGAAUAUUUCUUCUCUACAAUAUUUUCUGAAUGACCAUUAUUUAAUUUAUUUAAAGCUCACAUAUCAUUUAGAAAUAAAGAAGUUUGGCAAACCCUUGUGUGUGUAUA